AUGACUGAAAUCGAAAUAAAUAGUCGACAGCAAAUAUCUCGACCGCAUUGGUCUCGCGAGACGUUUUCGAAACACGCGUGUCCCACAAAARCUCACAAAUAUACGCAGACACUCYAACACAUACACACACAAACACACAUACACACUCACAAACAAACACGCACACAAACACUUGUGGUGUAUUGGCCGCAGGUGUUGCCCGGCUCGCUUGCCGAACUGGUGGACUCGGAAGCGUUCGAACGGAUCUGGCGCAAGGCCGCCACCGAUCAGAUGGUCAAGAAGUUCGGGAACGGCGCGGGACGGGACGGCGGUGCGAUUACGCGCAACAUGGUCGGCGACUACAUAGUGUCGGACGAGUUCCACCAAGCCGUGUGCAAGGCCGGCGGAUCGGGCAUGUCGUCCAUGGGCGGCAUGAUGGGCAACGCGCCGCCCCCGUGGUCGUACAUGGGAACGUUCGUCGGUUCCGAAAAGUUCCAGCACGGCACGUGCGACAUGAUGUCGCAGGGCAUGCUCCAGUUCGGUGAGGGCAUGAACGGAUGGUUCCGGUCGGCGGACGCCGAAGCCGACGCAGUAGCGCGGGACCCGUCGCGGGCGGUCGACUUGUUCUUCCGGUCCGAGUACUACGACGACGCCCGGAAAAAUCUACGUGACAUGUUCGCGGACGUCCGGUUCUGAUAAAUUCGAAUUUGCCGCGGUGGAUCUACAACUGCUGUUAUUAUAUUAUAUUUUACACGAUAUUAUCAACAUAUAAUGUCACAUAAUAUUAUGUUAUUGUCAAUAAUGUUAUCGUCGUUGUCAUCAUCAUCGCCAUCACGAUAAUUAGAUAAUAUGACACGUUUCGACAAUAAUAAUAAUAAUAAUAAUUACUAUAAUAUUAUGUUAUGCACAACUAUAUUAUUAUUCUAAUAAUGUCGAUUAAGAAAUUCGUGGUAUGAUAUCAACAUAUUAUACAGGGCGAUUCUUUUAAGUGGGUACACUAAUUAUCUCGAAAAGUAUUUACUUUU